AUGACGUCCUCCAUGUCCACGAUCCUCAUCUUCGGCGGCACCGGCGGGAUAGGCGAGUCCUUCACCCGGGCCUUCCACAAGAUGGGCAAAAGAGUCAUCACCACGGGCCGCCGCUCCGCCCGGCUCGCGGCGCUGGCUGCAGAGUUGCCCGGUCUCGAGACCUACACCAUGGACAACAGCGACAUCGCCGGUCUUGCGGGCCACGUGCGGACCAUCCUCACCAAGUACCCGGACAUCGACACCGUGUGGGUCAACUCUGGCAUCCAGUACCAGGGGGACUUCAAGUCGCUGGACGGCUUCUCCGACGAAAAGAUCGUCACCGAGUUGAACACCAAUCUGACGGCGCCGAUCAUUCUCGCCCGCCAUUUCGUGCCCCAUUUGUUGUCGCUGAAGCGGGAGGCGAACUUCCUGAUCACGUCCUCGGGCCUGGGAUUCGUGCCGAUGGCUUUAUUCCCGGUCUACUGUCCGACCAAGGCGGGCGUGCAUGCCUUCCUCGUCGGGUUGAGGGAGAGUCUUGCGGGCACGAACGUCAAUGUCAUUGAGAUUGCCCCGCCGUAUGUGCGCACGGAUCUCGACGCCGCGAAUCGUCUGGACAAGCUGAUCACGCCGAUGGAGCUGGACGAAUAUACGGAGAAGACGCUGGAGAUUCUGUCCAAGCCGGCGAGCGAGAUCAAGGAGGCCGGCGUUGGAUUCGCUGAGCUGGGCGCGCGCAAGUGGCGCGAGGCGUAUGAUCCGGUCUUGAAGAUGAGGCACUCGAGUGGUUGA